AUGCUGAAUGGCAUCCACAGUCACAGCCCACAUUCCCCUGCAGCUCCCAGGCAACACAAAUAUCCUACAAGAGUACUCCCAGAAGAAGCAAGCUGGUCUACUACGCCAUCAUCGAUUACUACUGAGUUAGCCAUGAGGGAAUUAGAAGGCAACACCUGUACAUUCAUGAUGGAUGCCAAGGCCAACAAGCACCAAAUCAGACAGACUGGAAAGAAACUCUUUGACAUGAAUGCGGCCAAAGUCAGUGCCCUACUUAAACCUAAUGGACAGAAGUUACAUCUUCAGCUUGCUCCUGAUCAUGCUGAUUCAAAUGUUGCCAAUAAAACUGGGAUUGUCUUAACUUAG